AUGGCUGGCCAGACGACGAUGAAGAAGCUCGCCGUCGCGGCGACAUGCGCGGCGCUGCUCCUUGCGGCGGCGUGCAAUGCCGACGCCCUGGAGGUUGGCUACUACAAGAAGUCGUGCCCCCGCGUGGAGACCAUCGUGAGGGCGGAGGUGAAGAAGUUCGUCUACAAGAACGCCGGCGUCGGCGCCGGCCUCAUCCGCUUGCUCUUCCAUGACUGCUUCGUCGAGGGAUGUGAUGGCUCGGUGCUCCUGGACCCAACUCCGGCGAACCCCGCACCGGAGAAGCUCAGCCCGCCCAACUUCCCCAGCCUCCGCGGCUUCGACGUCAUCGACGCCGCCAAGGACGCCGUCGAGAAGGCCUGCCCCGGCGUGGUGUCCUGCGCCGACAUCGUCGCCUUCGCCGCCCGCGACGCCGCCUACUUCCUCAGCAGGAUGAGGGUCAAGAUCAACAUGCCGGCGGGCCGCUUCGACGGCCGGCUGUCCAACUCCUCCCACGCCCUGGACAACCUGCCGCCGCCGUUCUUCAACCUCACCGAGCUCAUCGACAGCUUCGCCACCAAGGGGCUCGACGCCGAGGACAUGGUGGUGCUCUCCGGCGCCCACACCGUCGGCCGCUCCCACUGCUCCUCCUUCGUCCCCGACCGCCUCGCCGUCCCCUCCGACAUCGACGGCGGCUUCGCCAGCUUCCUCCGGAGGAGGUGCCCGGCCAACCCGACCUCCAGCAACGACCCCACCGUGAACCAGGACGUGGUCACCCCCAACGCGUUCGACAACCAGUACUACAAGAACGUCCUGUCCCACAAGGUGCUCUUCACGUCGGACGCCGCGCUGCUGACCUCGCCGGCGACGGCGAAGAUGGUGUCGGACAACGCCCACAUCCCCGGGUGGUGGGAGGACAGGUUCAAGAAGGCGUUCGUCAAGAUGGCCGCCAUCGACGUCAAGAACAGCUACCAGGGCGAGAUCAGGAAGAACUGCAGGGUGGUCAACUAUUAAUCAAUUUGUGAUUCAGAUAAUUUCUAUCCGACCAACUUAUAACUUUUUUUUUGUUUAGUACGAUCGGAUGCAACCAUCCGCAUUUUGCAUGUUUUCUUUUGAUUUCUGGGAGUUGUGUUUUGUCAGUGGGGAUUAUGCCCUGGAAUAAUUUCUUUCCGUUUUGGUGUUUCGAUUAAUUUGUUGAUUGAUUCUUUUUGGGUAUCGUGGUGUUGCUUAAUUGUACGAUCAUUUGAU